AUGCGAGAAAGAUCCCGAAGUCGACUGCUCUCCAUAGGGCGGCCUUCCAUACCCCCAGUCUUGGGUGCUUUGCGAAAUCCCAUCACGAGCAGACGGCUGAGGAGGAGCAGGGAUGAAGAGACCAACGAUGAGGCGAACCCCAUGAGUAUCGCGGGCGAGGUCGAGAGCUCGAGCGGCCCAGACUCGCGACCGUCGACUGCGAGGCCGACCCAACCCGAUUUCCGAAGCGAGCCUCUCCCCGCCAUCUCGAUAUCCCCCGCUAGCCACGGCCCACCCGGGCCAAGCCACCUCCUCGCCCGGUACUCAGGAUCAACCAUCCGCACACACGGCAGAAGCUACGCCAAGUCCCACCGGACUGACCGCCCCGCAGAGGGCAAGGCGCCGGUGCCUGGCUGGAAAGAUGACGCCGCAAAUCAGGUCGCAUACCUUGUGCUCUCCAUCACGAAACGACUCAACAGCAGGAACGAAUUUACCGUUAUCCUCAUCCUCAUCAUUCUAUUUACUACCAUCUUUUUCUGCUACGCCCUCCUCCGGCUCUGUAUGGCCGUGGCGAAGCCAGAAGGCGAGGAAGAGCAAGCAUCUGGGAGGCAGCCAAUGCUUGCCCUAGGCGGCUACGCGAUACCUCGCGUACCUAUUCGGGUUGUCCUUGCCCGAGAUGAGGAAGCGGCAGGAGUAGAAAGCGAGACGACAAAACUGCGCCCGCCGGCGUAUGGCCUAUGGCGAGAGAGUGUGCGAGUCGACCCAAACCGACUCUUUUGGCAGCGAAAUGACGACCCGCAAGUUGCUGAGUCGUCGGGGUGGUCGGAACCGCGGACUGGUCCCCGCCCACCAUCGUAUGCAUCCGAGGACGGUGUGAGUUACGUGCGGGUCACGCGCAGUAUGCGUAACGGCAGGAUGAUUGUGAUGCCUGAUGAUGGCUAG